GAGGUGCGGGCCCUGCAGUUUGAGUCCGACCUCUGCGCUGUCACCAUCGCCGCAGCCGUCGCGUCUGCUUCCUCUCGAGUUCCGCAGCUUCCAGGGCGUUGCAACAUCCAGGAAUGUUACGACAAAAACCAUCUUUAGUGGUGUACAGAGACAUCAGAGAUAAGCUGAGGUUCCAUUGGACUCCAACUCUCAACACAAUUUACGAGUCUGUGGAAUUGGGUUCACCAGAUGAAUCGACAGCUCUCAAGGAAGACGAUUUUCAGGUUGGUGAUAUGGUCACUGAUGACGAAGAGGGAGAGGCAAAUUAUUCCGAGAGUCUUGCCGGCGGCUACAGUGAGAGUGAGGGAAUGGCGGAUACAGCAUCUGUAAUCAGCAGCCCACUCCUCGAACCAGAGGGCUCGUCAAGCAUUGCCGGGAACAAGCAGUCGAGCCACAGCCGCCUGUGCCGCGUCUUCCGUGGGCUGGUCUGCUGCAUCGGUGGCCACUGUCUCUGCUCCCAGGGGCAAACAAGGCGUGGCUACCGCCAGAUCCCGCAUCUCAUCCCCAGGGCGAUGCACACGGUGUGGCAGCGGCGAGGACUGCUACGCUGGCGGGUUCGAGGCAGCACAUUCCCGGAUGACGGCCGCUGCCUGCACACUGUGGUUCUGAAUGGGCCAGCGUCGAGCGUCAGUGAUUCUAACUGAUCAUCAUGCAGUACAGAGCGACCUCUAGGCCUAUCAGUGAACUUUCCUACUCUAGAAGGAUCUUUCCCCAAGCUUUCUGCAGAUUUUACUUUUCGUGUAUCCAUGCAUCUGAUGCAACCAGCUUCGAUUCUUCAUCUCAAAAACUGAAUUACUUUUAGCAACUUUACUUUCUGUUGAGAAAUGCCCUGUUUUUCUAUACUGAGGGACAAACACCAAUAAUAUUACUUUCCGAAAGCUUUUGUGCUUAGUUUGUCAACAUCUGCAGAACUAUGUGGACUGUUGGGCAAUGAAUUUGUCAGGUCCUUUUGAAAAUGUCUCCGUCUGUCAGUUUUAUCUUUGACUCUGCAGAUGAAAACACAUGCUGCAGCUCAGCCGAAAUGCUCAGACACAGAUUAGCUGGGAAGCGUGCCCGCCUGGCACGACAUCACGUGGCGAGUCCCUACUUCCUGCAUGUCCGACCACACACAAACAUCCCAAGUUCACACGACAGACUGAAUAUUUUUGGAAAACAUGAUAUGUUUGUGAAGUAUAUAAUGUGUACUUCGAGUUUUUUUGAACACUUUACAGUUUUGGUGUUUGAGUGAUCUGGUUUAGCAGAAGUUAUGGAGUGUGUUGGAGAGCCACUUCAAGUUAUGAAUUUUACACAACUAUGGACAG